UAAAUUUUUCGCAGCAUCGAAUCAGUUUGUGAUUCCUACAACCACUGAAUCGAGAAUAGCAAAAAGGGUAUUUCCCUGGAAAUUUGUCUCUUCAUCUACCUCUUUUUCUUCUUAAUUUUCAUCAUCAGAAUCAACUCGACGACGUUUUCGUGUUCUGCCCACUUUUUGCGAUGGCAACUCUACUGAAAUAUCUACAGUAUUUUGCAACGCUGUAGCAACCAAUCUACAUCCUUUCAAAAGUGCAUUCCAACGAUCCUAAACAAAUUUCAAUUCGCUCACAGAACUUGAAGAACGAGUCUUGGAAGCGAAGGGUAGAGCCGUUGAAGCUGAAGAUAAGAAAUUGCACAGUAUAAUUUCCUGACGUCGCUAAGGAUUGUUCUAGAGACUUAGCAUGGACACGAACCACUACAGGUAUAGAAUCUUCUCGAUGUCUAUAAGGCUGUGAGAAAACAGAAACUCUGUAGAGACACUUUGAGACUACACUUGUACUAAGCGACCCGAGAUACAUGAAGAAUUCAUAUUUAUUCACAACUUUUAAUCAACUUUAGUGUAUGUGAACAUACUCUGCGUAAAACCGUACGCAUGAUGGAGGAACGGAUAAUAAAAGGUGAGUACUGUUUAAGCAAUUCCAGAGUCUGUUCUCCACCACACUCAUUGCCGUCUACUUCCGCCUCUCCGAGUGAUAAAAUUGAGGAUGUUCACUGCGCUUGUAUAUCAAAAUUAGAGACUCAAGUUGAAGAACAGAGGCAGCUACGCUUGCAAGACGCAAGACAGGUGGAGGCAAAAGCUGCUAGAAUUAAAGAAUGGGUUACCAACAAACUUCGCGAACUCGAGCACCAAAAUCAACAUCUUCGAGAGCAAAAUAACAAAUGCAAUCAACAACUUGAAUUAUUACGCAAUCAUAUCACAAAUAUCGGACUUAAACCUCCUAUUUCGACAAGAGUUUCUUUAUCGCUUGAAGUAGAUCCUAUGAUACGUGGACAAUCUAAAAUUCUUGAAGAUUUUCCUCAAGUUGCAAGAGAAAAUAUUCAAACUAUUGCCGCGACACAAACUGGUAUAAGGCACAGAAGACAUUUAUCGGCAAGCGGGUCUAUUCAAGGAGGCAGUAAUAGUAAUAUGGAUUCCAGUUUAUUGUCUGAAGAACUGGCAGCAGCAGUUGAAAAUCUGGUAAUGCUGCCAAGUAUAUCUAGUGUGAUAGAGUCAAGCAGGGAUAUUACUUCAGAUGCCAUUCACGAUUACGCUGAGAUAUACACGCCGAGUAGAGAAGGAAUUAAUUGGAAUGAACCCUGUCACCAAGAUCAACGACCACCUACACCACCGCUUCAUAGGUUUCCUAGCUGGGAAGCAAGAAUAUAUCAGAUUGCAGAUAGCGGUUUAGGUAUUGGUCAUGUUAUCAGCGAUGAAGCAUCACCCUCAAAAGUAAAUACAAAUUCGUCUAAGCAUCCCCAUGCUAUAGGUCACAAUCUAGCAGCACACAGUACCUUAGGAUACUGCAACAUAUCUGUACCAGUUUAUGCAACUGUGAAAGGACGUGCUAGCCAAAUCAGGUCUAUACCGUUUGGAGACAGCACUGAUGACAGCUCAGAUGGCGAAGAUCAUCCAAAUCAGAUGGAAACGAAUACGAGAAUAACAAAUAGUUCUUCGGAAAACACCGAUUCUUCUCUUGGCAGUGGUAGUAGCCCGUCGAAAAGUGUGAAAACUGCUAGUAGUUUAAGUCCUGCAAAAAGAAGCUCUAGUGGUUCUCCUAGCAAAAGCGUUAAGCGUGAUACAUCUUUAGAAUCUGGUCUUUCUGAGGAUUACGCUAUUCCUCCCGACGCAUUUAGUUUCACAUCUUUAGAAUCAAGUAUACCUAAUUUACUUAUGCGUGUCUCUGGAGAAAUUUCUAAAAAGCAAGAAUCACUAGAGAAGACUGGACAGUUGGCAAAACUGGGUGGAAAGUUGAAAACAUGGCGCAAACGAUGGUUCGUGUUAAGGAAUGGCGUAUUAACGUACUGGAAAAGUCAGCAUGAUAUUAAUCGAAAACCUCAAGGUCAAAUUAUUUUAGAUGAAGUGUGUAGAAUCAAUAGAGCUGAUGGCGCAGCCACCUUCGAAAUCGCGACGGGAAAAAAGACUUAUUAUUUGACUGCAGACUGCAUUGCUACUAUGGAAGAGUGGAUUAGAGUUUUGCAAAAUAUACAGAAACGAAAUGCCACCAAGCUGUUAUUAAAUGGGGAUGACAACAAGCCUACAAUUCAAGGAUGGCUCACAAAAGUGAAAAAUGGUCAUGCUAAGAAAUGCUGGUGCGUUCUCAUUGGCAAAAUGUUUCUUUAUUUUAAAUGCCCGAAUGAUACGAAUUCAAUUGGUCAAAUAAAUAUGCGAGAUGCUCGCGUAGAAGAAGUUGAACAUGUAUCCGACAGUGAUAGCGAAGAUAGAGAUUCAGAAUGUUUUCACGAACGCACUAUUGGGAUAUUUCCUACGCAUCAGGGCCCGACUUAUUUGCUGAUGCCACAAAAGCAAGAUAAAGACAAUUGGCUUUAUCACUUAACCGUUGUUUCCGGUGGUGGGCCCAACGCAGGGACUCAAUAUGAGCAAUUGGUACAAAGAUUGAUGGAAACUGAUGGAGAUCCAAGUUGUGUUCUUUGGAGACACCCUUUACUUUUGCAUACAAAAGAAAAUAUUACUAGUACAUUAACCAGCCUGAAUUCUGACGCUUUACAAAAUGAAGCUAUCAAACUUUUUAAGGCUUGUCAACUCUUCAUGUCUGUAGCCGUAGAACAAGCAGGAAUAGAUUAUCACGUCGUUCUUGCACAAAAUGCACUUCAACAGUGUUUAGACCAGCCUGAACUCCAGUCAGAAUUCAUUUGCGCAUUGGUAAAGCAGACAAGUCGUCAUACCCAACAGCGUUUAGGUGUACAGCAACUUCUUCUCUGCGCUACGCAAUCUCUCUUCACCUGCGAUACGCAAAGCCCCGCGGCAAAUGGUGGCGGUGAAAAUGCGGAUGCACAAUCGAUGGCUUCCACUUCUCAAAAUCCUCCGCUCAUACAGGGCUACUCAACUGUGACUCUGCUGGACUGCAAAACUAAUCCUGCUCAGUACGUACUAGUUCAGGGAUGGCAACUAUUGGCACUAGCUGUUUCACUCUUCUUGCCGAAAAACAAUCGUCUACUGUGGUACCUGAAAUUACAUCUCCAAAGAAAUGCCGAUUCCAAAACUGAAUGUGGAAAGUAUGCGGCCUACUGUGAGAGAGCAUUAGAGAGAACUUUACAAAAUGGCGGAAGAGAAGUCAAACCGUCUAGGAUGGAAGUUUUAUCUAUCUUAUUGAAGAAUCCCUUUCACCAUUCUUUACCACAUGCAAUACCUGUUCACUUUUUAAAUGGUACUUACCAGGUCGUAAGUUUCGACGGAAGUACUACCAUAGAAGAAUUUCUAACCACUCUUAAUCUGGAAAUCGGCUGCCGAGAUGUUCACCAGUCUGGUUUUACUCUAUUCAGUGAUGACCCUAUUGAAAAGGACCUGGAACACUUUAUUGAUCUUAAAGCUAAGCUUUGUGAUAUCAUCUCCAAAUGGGAAACUGCUUUAAGAGAAAAGGGAUCCGGAAAAUUUGAAAAUACGAGAGUGAUUCAAUUGACGUACAAAUCAAGAUGUUAUUGGCGUCAUGCGGCUAAAAUGGAAACAGAUAAAGAAAGACUAUUACUCUGUUAUCAAGUCAACCAACAAGUCGUGCAAGGAAAGUUUCCACUAAAUCGUGAAUUAGCGUUUGAACUAGCAGCAUUGAUGGCUCAAAUCGAUUUGGGCGAAUUUAACGUGGAGAAGGUACGGGGAAGCGGGCAAGGAAGUGGAAAUCACAUAGUUCUGCAAUCACUAGAUAAGUUUUAUCCUCUUAGGUAUCGGUCCAAUAUAACAUGUGCGCAACUGCGAGAAUUACAGGAAAAGUUACAAGAAAAAUGGAUCUCUCUUAGAGGACGUAGUGUUUCGGACUGUAUUCGAAUAUACCUAACGUGUACGAGAAAAUGGCCUUUUUUCGGUGCAACAUUAUAUGAAGCUAAGUUGAAACACAUUGAACCAGUUACAGCAUGGAUAGCUGUAUCUGAAGACAGUGUAACGUUGUUAGAAUUGCAAACAAUGUCUGUUAUGUGCCGCUACAAUUAUACAAAUAUAAUUACUUUUGGAGGGUGUUUAGAUGAUUUCAUGUUGGUAGCUUGUCCAGACGAUGGAGCUGCAGAGCAAAAACUUUUGUUUGCUCUUAGUAAACCUAAGAUUCUAGAAAUAACCCUUUUGAUUGCUGAUUAUAUGAAUGCCUUGGGCCACACAUUGCCUGGGACACCCCAAAUGAAUACAUUAACUAGAAAUGGCUCACACAGAUCUAUUAAGUCUACAAUAAAGCUCACGACGGGUUCAAGCUGUCUUCCAACUCAACCUGACAUUUUAAAGUCAACUCCAGACCAACAAAGGCCGUGAACCUAAUAAAGUAUUUACUAAUGACUUGAAAGUUUCUUACUACUGUAAUCAACCUAAAAAAAUGAGAAUCAGUCUGAACUUCAAUGCGAAUUGAAGAUGGAACUGUAGCUAAAGGAUACGAAAUAGAACAUAAAUUCAUCGUCAUGUUUUUCUAUACAUUAAAACGAUUUAUCACUUUCACGUAUUUUACUUUAUGACAGGUCUGAUAUUGACUAGCGAGUUUUGAUCGAUUUUUGUAGUCUUAAUGUGAAUCUGUGGUAAAAAUUGCCUAUAACGUGAAUUUUUUGACAAAAUUCGGAGAUCACAAACGCAAAUCUGUAGAAUGCCCCUAGUCAAUGACAAGCAGAAAUAUAAUAGAAAACGCAGACUAAUGUGUUGUAAAGAUAUGUAUAUAUGAAACAGAAGGUGAUACGAAAGUUUCUUUUUUCAACCAUAGCCAGUUGCGAAUUUUUGAUUUAUAUUAAAUUAAAAAUUAAACUUUCGCAACUAGUAAAAUAAUUAAUAUAUUCAAAAUAAUAAUUUUAAAAACAAUAUUUAAACGAACUUUUUAAAAAACAUAAAAACUCAAUGUUUAUACAUUUAGAUUAAUCUUAAGGCUCAAAUAUUCCUUGAAAUUCAGUUCCAGAAAUCCUUUUAGAUAUUUAUUAUUUUAAACAUGUAUACACUGUAAAAAAAAGUUGGUGUAAAUUGACAUCCUGCAACAAUGAAAAUAAUUUGAUCGGCGUGGCACAUAGUAAAUAAGCAGAAUUCUGUAAAAAUAUAUAUUUUCCAUCUUAACCUGCGUCCAUCAUUAAGAAAUACAUGCAGGACGUAAAUUUUAAGUCGUCGAUUUUGAUCCAAAUUAUGGUCGCCGACCGUGAAAUUACGUUCGGUUUGUAAGUCAGCACACACAGUCAAAAUGAUAUUUUAAGGUUGGGUCUCCCUAAACUUGUCCGUUAUACUCAUUAUCUUUUGUAGUUAUUGAAAAUAGAAUGUUAUAUAACUUUAUAGUAUUAUAUAUAUAUAGUAGUAUAUUAUAUAUAAUAGCAUUUUUAUAUAAUAACCCUUUCUAAAUAUUCAAGUUGUUCAAAAUCUCAAAAGAACGUUAAAAUCUAUAUGAUGUACAAAACAACAAAUGAAAUGCGUACCAGAUGGUAAGAGGUCGUUCGAGCGUCUCCGGAACUCAUCGUCAAAAUUUACAUACAAUUUCGUAGAAUUAACGCCCCAAAUCACCUUACGUAAACUUACUAUAUUCCACGCUGAUUGAAUAAUUUCCAUUAUUGGACAUAGUAACUUUACAGCCGACUGCAAAUAGAAGAACGUUCCUUUUGUAUUCACAUAGUUAACUGAUGCGAAAUCACACUAGAUUGUAAAUAGGUACUGUAAUAUCGGAGAUUAAUCAGGUUACAUAUUGUAAUUUGAAAAUACACUUAACGUGCAAUUACUAACUGAUUGUAAAUAUCACCAAAGCUUUUUUUAUAGUGUAGACUUCAAUCCACUGACAACCAAGCACACCAUGCAAGAUAUUAGUAAAAUUAUAUAGAAUACUGCCGAAUGAGUAAUGACUAUGAACGUCGAAAGGCGUCUUUUCUAAACAAAAUCGUAGUUAUGAUAUUGUAUGUAUUCAAUGCAGAAAGCAGAUAAUACAAACCUAGCUGUAAAAGAAGGUACUGGUUUAAAUCCACUUACUACGACAAAUAAAGGUAUUUGAUAUUA